GGACUCGUACCAACAAACGAACGUCAGCAAAGAAGCCUUCAACGUGCUCACACGAUUUCUCUUCAAAAACAAAAUUUAUUCCUUCUCCAGUAUUUUAAUUUUAAUUUCCACCCUGUUCGAAAUUGAGUCGUGGGAGAAGAGUUUCUUUGUCACAGGAAACCUUACAAACAAGCAAUAAUCAAAAUGGUUGGUGGUGGAGGGGCACGAAAUACUACAGUCAACAUUUUUAUUAGAGCUGGCGCCGCAGGAAAUGGAUGCCGAGGACUUGAGAAGCUCCAUUUGAAGAAUAUUGAGGCUGACGUGAACAGCACUUGGUUCGAAAUGUUUCGUUCCAAGCUUAACUUUGUGGCUGACCCCCAACAAUACACUGUGAGAGGGGCUACUGGAAACGCUCCAAAACACGACCUUACGGAACCGAUUCGCAAUUGGAUGAGCGAGUUCAAAAAGCUCAGAAAGGUCUAUGUCAUUCAUGUUCUCGAAAAUCCAUCUGGUCCACGCAGGACUCCAACCACAACGAAACACGCUGCUCCUCAAGCUCGGCCUACUCCUAGCAACCCACAACCUGCGUCUACAAGAGGUGGUCCAAAUAAUAAGCAAACACCAACAAAUAAUAAACAACAAGCACCAGCCAGCCAACAAAAGAGACCCAACAUCAAUGGGCCCGUUGGAGAUGGGAAAAAGAGGGGAAAGACUCCGCCAAGCAAUAAUAAUAAGUCGAGCUCGAACGCUAAACGGCCGAAACGUGAGCCAUCCCCCUCCGUUUCAUCAGUAACCAGCCGUCAGACAACUAAAGCACCAUUGCGACCGCAAAUUGGAAUUAUUCAUACGUCAUCAUCAUCCCCAAUCCGCCCUCCGACAAACCAAAAUCAACAGAACGAAUCGCCACUGCAGAGUCGAAAUGCUCAACAAAUUCCUCAUCGGAGGUUAGGACGGCCUGGUGAAGAUGUCUCUUUACCCCCACCCAAUCGUGGACGGUUUCCUGAAGAUGACCUGCCAAAUUCGGACAACGGCCAACAAAAAACUUCAAAUAUGAAUCGGAAUCAGGAAGUUCUUGAGGACAAUUACGACGCCAGCAGUCAGUGCUCACAGGACAGUCAGGACUCUCAAGAUGAUUUGGCAGAGCUCGGAAUUCCAAAUGAGGAUUUCAAGUCGGUCUUUAUAAAAAAUGCCAUGGAUAGAUUCUCCAACUCACAGUUGCUCAAAGCUCGUCACUCUCUCCAGCAGUUGAAGAACUCUGAGAGGAACAACCGCUGGACCAAGUGGUCGUUAAUGUGCCCUUAUGCAGUUACCGUUCUUCGUGAUCUAUUUGAUGUCUAAUAACAAAACUCGCUUAUCGAGAGGAAAUAAUUUUUUUACCAGCUGUGACAUUUAUUUACCACCAACGACUGUAUAAUAUUAUAAACAAUUCGUUUUCAACGGACAAUAUGAAUUAUCUAAUUAUUAUUUAGCUUCCAAUGUGCAGUUCUUUCUUCUGCAAAAAAAACUUAACAAAUUAAUUAUUAUUUCUUGAAUAAAUAUGAAAAUCCAAAAAUAGA